AUGGCGGUAACAUGGAAGUUUCGCUGUUUGGUGUGGGUGAUGUUUUCUGGGUUGGUGACGGCGUAUGCUGCCAACUACUGUUGGACCAGUGAUGUAUCGUGGAUGAUAAAAACUGUCAUUGGCAUCUUGACUGGUUUUUGCGGAUUGUCAACCGUUAUAGCUCUUCACAUCUCAACUGUAUGCUGUUCCGAAACCCACACUUUAGUGACUCUACUGGUUGAGUACUUUGUGCAGCAGAUUCCUAGUCUCAUGGCCUCUUCUGUCUACUCUGAAAUCGAAAAGGUCUGGCAACGUCCUAUGGAAGAGCAAGAGAAGUUUCUUAUGAAGCUGCUCGCCCGUGAUGCGAAGACGGAGUACGGCAUGACACACGGCUUCAGCGACAUCAAAUCUCUUCAAGAGUUUCGUGAGAAGCAUCCACUCACUAAGUAUGAGCAUUAUCGAGAUUACUUCACCAGGCUGGCAGACGGGGAAAAGAACGUCUGCGUUGCGACCAAAUUGCGACGAUUUGGAACUUCGUCUGGCACAACAGGAAAGGGCAAGCUUAUUCCGAUGGUCAGCUCGAAAGAGUUUGAGCGAGUUGUUUUGGCAAUCUCAAGCCUACUUUUCUCGCCGAGCCCGGUACAGAAAGCUUUUAUGCUAUAUUGUAAACCCGCGGAGAAGUUCACGAAAUCUGGAAUGCGCAUUGCGCCAGUAAUGUUCAUUCCGGAGAGCAAAAUCGUAGACUUGUUCAUGUCCGCUAUUCAGAACCUGCCACCAAUUGGCUUGCGGAUUUCCACCGAUUUUGAAGCGACGUACGUCCAUACUCUCUUUGCUCUCACCGACAAAAAUAUCGGCCAGUUUUUUGCGCCUUUUGCCUCGCAAGUCUACAGGGCACUGAAAAUGCUGGAAGACGAACAUGAGAUGUUUUUAGAGGAUCUGACUCUAGGAAGGGUCAACCCGAAGUUACAGCUCGAUGAGGGAAUUCGACGGUCUCUGGACGCAGCUUUGACGGCAGACCCAGCGCGAGCAGACGAACUGAGGAGGGAGUUUGCUAAAGGCUUCGUGGGCAUCGUGGGUAGAAUCUGGCCUCAUAUGACACACGUAUCGACUAUCGACAUCUCUGGGUACAUGAAGAAGCUUAAUGCAACAUAUACAAAAGGUACCCGACUAUUCUCGUCAGGCUAUGCAUGCACAGAAGGGUUAAUCGGCGUGAAUACAUGGGUGGAUACGACACCACAGCAGUAUACGUUCCUCCCUCAUCAAAUGGUCGUAGAGUUUAUCCCGGAACAUCUCAGUACCAAAGAGAGCCCACAUACGCUCUUAAUGGAUGAGGUCGAGGUUGGCCAAAGGUAUGAGAUUGCUAUAACGACCACAUCAGGGUUUUACCGUUACCGUUUGGGCGACGUUGUCGAGGUUGUGGAUUUCAUCGAGUUUUGCCCCGUGUUUACCGUUAUGUACAGAACUGGAGAGCUACUGAAUCUACGCAGUGAGAAGAUUGACGUACUGGUGGUCAAUAAAGCCAUUCAAGAAAGCUUAGAAGGAUGGGAUGGAGCUUCUCUAGUGGAAUGGACAUGCGCAGAGAGCCCACUUUUGUACGAAGACAAAAAUGAUGGUGAAUAUGACAUGUUUUAUUUGCUUUUCGUUGAGCUCGAAUCAGACAAGGAAAUCCAGUUAUCUGCUGAUCAGAAGUCAAUGUUCGACAAAUCCCUGCGAAAACAGCAUGAGUUCUACGAACACUAUCGUCAAUUCGGCACAAUAUGCGAGGCUUGCGUUGAGGUCGUUCGCCCGGGAUCCUUCAACAAACUUAAAACGCACAUUAUAGCGAACUCAACGGCCAAUUACAACCAGUUCAAAAUGCCUAAGAAGUUGCGCACUAAGGUGCUGUUGGAUUUCAUGCAGGAGUGUGUUGUAAAUAACAAUAAUUGA